GGGAUAUAUAUAUAUAUAUAUAUAUGUAUAGCUGAUUCACUUUAUUUAUAAAGCAGAAACUAACACACCAUUGUAAAGCAAUUAUACUCCAAUAAAGAUGUUUAAAAAAUUCAAAAAUAAAAUAAAAAUAACAACAAAAAAAGUGAACAGAGCCUUAAUGAUCUGUGAGCCAGUACCUAAUUUAUCUCAUCAGAAUUCCAGAAGAUUUUCAAAAAGAAAUAUUUGAAGAAAUAAUAUAUGAAUAUUUCCCAGAUUUGAAAAGACAUAAACCAGAAGUUCAGUGAAGCACAAAUAGCAAGGUGAACCCAGCAACACAUGAACAAGAUUUAACCCAGAAUCCAAGGUUGGUUUAACAAAGAAAAAUCAAUCAUUAUGGGACUUCCCUGGCAGUGCAGUGGCUAAGACUCCGCACUCCCAAUGCAGGGGGCCUGGGUUCGAUCCCUGAUCCAGGAACUAAAUCCCACAUGCAUGCCGCAACUAAGAGUUCACUUGCCACAACUAAGGAGCCUGCCUGCCGCAACUAAGGAGCCCGCCUGCCGCAACUAAGACCCAAUGCAACCAAAUAAAUAAGUAAAUAAAUAUUAAAAAUCUAUCAUUAUAACACAUAAUAUUAAGACAAAAAAGGAUAAAAACCACAUGAUGAUCUCAAUAGACGCAGAAAAUGUACUUGACAGAUAAAAACACUUAAAAAAUUAGGAACAGAAGAGAUCUUCCUCAACCUAGUUAAAGCAUUGACAAACGCACAGCUAACAUCAUACUUAAUGGUGAAAGACUGAAAGCUUUCCACCCAGGAUCUGGAACAAGACAAUGAUAUCCUCUCUUGUCACUUCAAUGUUACACUGGAAGUUCUAGCAAAGUAAAUUAGGGAAAAAAAAAAAGAAAGAAAAAACAUCCAGAUUCAAAUGGAGGAAGUAAACUCUCUCCAUUUUCCAAUGUUUUCAUCUUCUAUAUAUAACAUUAUAAGGAAUAAACAAAAAACACGAUUAGACAUAAUAAGCAAUUUCAGUAAGGUUACAGGACACAAGAUCAAUAUACAAAAAUCAACUGAAUUUCUAUAUACUAACAAUGAACAAUCUAAAAAUGAAAUUAAGAAAAUUCCAUUUAUUAUAGUAUCAAAAGUGAAACCAUUUAUAUGAAUUGCCCAUAAUAGGUAAAUCCAUAGAUGGAAAAUAGAUUGGUUGUUGUCACAUGGGAGGGGGAUGGAGAGUGGCAGCUAAUGGGCAUAGGGUUUUUUUUUGGGGGGGGGGUGCAAGAAAAUAUUAGUGGUGAUGGUUGCACAACCUUGUGAACAUAGUAAAAAUGAAUGAAUCGUACACUUUAAAAAUGUGGAUUUUAUAGUUUGUAAAUUAUAUCUCAUUUUUUAAAAGAAAAAAUACUUAAGAAAAGUUUAACAGAGUUAUAUAUAAUUACGUAAUUCUGUCUGCUGAAAGGACCUGAGAGCAGAGACACUACAGUUGCAAUGAGCAUACUUAGCACCCAGAUCUUAGUUUCUGAAUACAAGGAACCAGGGCUCAUGGGGGAAAUGCUUGAUUCCAGGACAGGAGCAGGGAAAGUACAUGGCGAUUUGGAAUACCUUGGAAGUAACAAAUUAUGGAAGUGCUCAAGGAAUGAAGGGGACAUAUCAAAAGGACACAGGAGCCAGAUUGAAGAGGCUACCAUUGACCAACUCUAGGGCAAUAUGAGAUUCAAAAUAAGCAAAGUAAUGAAUUAUAAUUCAUUCAGUAAAAUUCAUGAGCCCAUACUGAUGUAAAAUAAAUGAAUAAGUAAAUAAAUGGGGCAUCUCAGGAUCCUUAAUCACACCUGCAAAAUUCCCUUUGCUAUGUGAGGCAACAUAGUCACAGGCUGUGGGAAUUAGGAUAUGGGCAUCUUUGGGGGGCCAUUAUUCUUCAUACUACAACCCUCAACCUUCUAUGGGCAGAAAGCAGGCUAAGAUGACUACUCAGUUGUAAAUACAGACCCUUGGCCAUUCCAACAUGCCCACAAUAAGGGGAAGUGUAAUGGAGAGGAAGUCAGAGUGGAAAGAGAAAAUUGUCAUUAAAAUAGCUUUAUUUUGCAAAUUUUACAAGUACAUAUAACCAUGUGAACAUACUUUGUUAGGUUCUGCCACCCCUCAAUCCUGAGGGUGUUGGAAAGGGUUUGUGCAAGUUAGGGGCCUUGAGGCUUAAGCUUCAAAGGCUUCAUGGUAAAUCUGCCUCUGGUAGCGAUUAAGAAUAUGGCCCCUGGAUCCACACCACCUGGGUUCAGGUUCCUGCUCUACACUUACCAGCUGUGUAUGUUGAUUGCAUUGGUGUUACAGAUCGGGUUCUCCAGAAGCAGAUGCUGAGAUGAACUUUGAAGUGCAAGAUAUUUGUUAGGGAUCAACAUCUGUGAAAGGGACAGGAAGCAGGAAAGGGCAGAGGAAGAGGUCAAAGAGGCUUGACAAAGCGUUGAUUAAUGUGGCAGGAGGGCUAGAGCUAGUAUUGCCUCUCAGAGCUGUCUCAUGUUGGGUCUAAAUGGCUGGGCCUUUAUUCCCUCACCUUGCUCAGUCACUGGAUGGCUAUUAACACCACCUUAAGAACUUCCACUGGGGGAUUUCCCUGGUGGUCCAGUGGUAAAGAAUCCACCUUCCAAUGCAGGGGACAUGGGUUUGAUCCCUGGCAACUAAGCCUGUGCGCCACACUACUGAGCUUGUGUGCCUCAACUAGAGAGCCUGCGUGCUGCAAACUACAGAGCCCAUGCGCUCUCGACCCCAGGCACCACAACUACAGAGUCCACAUGCCCUGGAGCCUGCGUGUGCCACAACUAGAGAGAGAAAAACCCACACGCCACAACUAGAGAGAAGCCCGCGUGCCGCAACGAAAGAUCUGCAUGCCUCAAUGAAGAUCCCGUGUGCCGCAACUGAGACCCGAUGCAGCCGUAUAAAUAAUUUUUUUUCAAUUAAAAAAAAAACUUCCAUUGGAUUUUCAUAACAGGCUAAAUUUCUUCGUAUGACAUGCAAAAACACUUCACAAUCUGACAGGCCCAACCACAAAGAACUUUUCAUCAUUUCUGCAACUCAAACUAUUUUCCAUCUCCGAACCUUGGCAUACAUAGUACCUUCUCCAGGAAAGCCCAUCCCUCCCUUGCCCGACAUCUUCCAGACAAUUCCUUUUCAUCCUUUUGGACCUGCACACGUCGGCCCCUCUGUGAAGCCCUCUCCACGGUCUAUGCAUGGGGAUGGGCUCCCUCCUCAGAGUUGCCCUUGCUCACUGCACAACCCUCGGUUACCCUGACAGCACUUUGUGGUUCUUUGUUUACAUCUCUGUCUCCCCUUGUGAGUCUAGGAUUGGAUCUGCUAUUUCUCUUUGUCCUCGGCACAGUGGAACAGGUGCUAAAUAUUUGUUAAAUGAAUGAAUGAGUGAAUAACAUUGCCUGGGAAAGAGGGGGAAAGAAUAAGUAGUAGGAUACAAUAAUAAUAUUUUUGUUUGCUUCAGUGAUCAUGGGCAUGUCAUGUAGAGCAGUGACCCAGGACCCCAGAGUUUUUGGUUGUAUAGGUCCUAGAUUUGUCAUGCGCUGACCCUAAUGGCCUUCACCCUCUACCUCCGGUCAAAAUUCUACUCAUCCUUCAAGAUGGUUCAGACGUCAAGUCCUGGGUGAAGUGUUUUCUUCCCCUCUGGUCUGUCACAGCUCUUUACCCGCACCGCUGUUACCAUACCAUGACAUUUACUCUCCCGAUUUCUCCAUCAGAAUCCAGUGAUGUUUCUGCGUUUCCACCCCUUGAUCCAGAGGGGUGAAUAUUUUUGGAUGGCGUUGUACAGCCAUAGACUGGUGAAUUCAUGCCUCACCACACCCGCUGCCUCAAUUUCCCCAAGUGUGAAAUAGACACAGUGGAAAUGUUUUCCCAGGGCUGUGAUUUAGUCCACAUGCAGUCUAGGGAGCUAGGGGGCAAGAAGGUGGGAGGUGGAGAGCGAGGGGAGGGGUCAGAGCGAGGAGGAGCCGGGGGCGGGCCGGGGCGGAGCGUCGGGCGCAGGGCCGGGCUGGAAGGCCUGAGAGGACGCGCGCCAGCGCCGGCGAUGGGGGCUGCUGCGCGGCUGGCAGCGCUGCUGGCGGUGCUGGCGCUCCAGGCAGGGGACCUGGCCGGAGUCGCGACGCGCGGGGACACGUUCUCGGCGCUGACCAGUGUGGCGCGCGCCCUGGCGCCCGAGCGCCGGCUGCUGGGACUGCUGCGGCGCUACCUGCGCGGGGAGGAGGCGCGGCUGCGGGAUCUGACCAGAUUCUAUGACAAGGUGCUAUCUUUGCAUGAAGAUUCAGCAACUCCUGUGUCUAACCCUCUGCUUGCAUUUACUCUCAUCAAACGCCUACAGUCCGACUGGAAGAAUGUGGUACAUAGUCUGGAGGCCAGUGAGAACAUCCGAGCUCUGAAGGAUGGUUAUGAGAAGGUGGAACAGGACCUGCCAGCCUUUGAGGACCUUGAGGGAGCAGCAAGGGCCCUGAUGCGGCUGCAGGACGUGUACAUGCUCAGUGUGAAGGGACUUGCCCGAGGCGUCUUCCAGAGAGUCACCGGCUGUGCUGUCACUGACCUGUACAGUCCCAGACGGCUUUUUUCCCUCACGGGGGAUGACUGCUUCCAAGUUGGCAAGGUGGCCUAUGACAUGGGAGAUUACUACCAUGCCAUUCCAUGGCUGGAGGAGGCUGUCAGUCUCUUCCGAGGCUCUUAUGGAGAAUGGAAGACAGAGGAUGAGGCAAGUCUAGAGGAUGCCUUGGAUCACUUGGCCUUCGCCUAUUUCCAGGUGGGAAAUAUUUCCUGUGCCCUCAGCCUCUCCCGAGAGUUUCUUCUGUACAGCCCAGAUAAUAAGAGGAUGGCCAGGAAUGUCUUGAAAUACGAAAAGCUCUUGGCAGAAAGCCCUAACCAGGCCGUAGCUGAGGCUGUCAUCCAGAGGCCCAAUGUACCCCACCUGCAGACCAGGGACACCUAUGAGGAGUUAUGUCAGACCCUGGGUUCCCAGCCUACUCACUACCAGAUCCCCAGUCUCUACUGCUCCUAUGAGACCAGUUCCAGUCCCUACCUGCUGCUCCAGCCUGUCCGGAAAGAGGUCAUCCACCUGGAACCCUAUGUUGUUCUCUACCAUGACUUUGUCAGUGACACUGAGGCUCAGAAAAUUAGAGGCCUUGCAGAACCAUGGCUACAGAGAUCUGUGGUGGCAUCAGGCGAAAAGCAGUUACCAGUGGAGUACCGCAUCAGCAAAAGUGCCUGGCUAAAGGACACCGUUGACCCAGUGCUGGUGACCCUCGACCAUCGCAUUGCCUCCCUUACAGGCCUUGAUGUCCAGCCUCCAUACGCAGAGUAUCUCCAGGUGGUAAACUACGGAAUCGGAGGGCACUAUGAGCCUCACUUUGACCAUGCUACGUCACCAACCAGCCCACUGUACAGAAUGAACUCUGGGAACCGAGUCGCAACAUUUAUGAUCUACCUGAGCUCGGUGGAAGCUGGAGGAGCCACAGCCUUCAUCUACGGCAACUUUAGCGUGCCUGUGGUCAAGAAUGCAGCACUAUUUUGGUGGAACCUGCAUAGGAGUGGUGAAGGGGAUGGUGACACACUUCAUGCUGGCUGUCCUGUCCUGUGGCCAACAAGUGGAUACACGAGUAUGGACAGGAAUUCCGCAGACCUUGCAGCUCAAGCCCUGAAGACUAAAAUGUUGGCAGAGAGAAGCUGGAAGAGUCCUUUGGCUUUCCAGAGAAGCCAGAAGCCAAAAGCUAUGAUAUACAGAAGUGGAAUUGCUGGAUCUUACGGGAGUACUAUUUUUAAUUUUUUGAAGAAACUCCAUACUGUUUUCCAUAGUUUGGCUAUACCAAUUUACAUUCCCAUCAACAGUGCAGAAGGGUUCCUUUUUCUCUACAGGCUCAUCAACACUUGUUUCUUGCCUUUUUAAUAGCCAUUUUAAUAGGUGUGAGGUGAUAUCUCAUUGUGGUUUUGAUUUGCAUUUUCCUGAUGAUUAGUGAUAGUGACCAUCUUUUCAUGCACCUGGUUGCCAUUUGUAUGUCUUCUUUGGAAAAAUCUCUAUUCAAGUCUUUUGUCCACUUUUAAAUUGGAUUGGUUUUUUUUGCUAUUGAAUUGUAUGAGUCCCUUAUAUAUUUUGGAUAUUAAUCCCUUAUCAGAUAAAUGGUCUGCAAAUAUUUUCUCCCGUUCUGUAGGCUGCAUUUUUAUUUUCCUGACUUUUUUUUCUUUUUUUUUUUUUCUGUGCAGAAGCUUUUUAGUUUGAUGUAGUCCCAACUUGUUUAUUAUUGCUUUUGUUGCUUGCACUUUUGGUGCCAUAUCCAAAAAUCACUGCCACAGGCCUUUCUCCUUGUUUUCUUUCAGUAGUUUUAUAGGUUCAGGUCUUACAUUUAAGUUUUUAAUCCAUUUCAAAGUAAUUUUUGUGAGUGAUGUAAGAUAGGGGUCUAAUUUCAUUCUUCUGCAUGGAGUUAUUCAGUUUUCCCAACACCAUUUAUUUUAGAGAUUAUCUUUUCCUCAUUGAGUCUUCUUGGAUCCCUUGUCAAUUAUUAGUUGAUUGUAUAUGUGUGGGUUUAUUCCUAGGUUUCAAUUCUGUUCCAUUGGCCUAUGUUUCUAUUUUCAUGCCAGUACAAUAUUAUUUUGACUACUAUAACUUUGUAAUAAAGUUUGAGAUCAGGAAUUGUGUUGUCUCUAGCUUUCUUCUUUCUCAGGAUUGCCUUGGCUAUCUGGGGUCUUUUGUUCCACAGAAAUUUUAGGAUUGUUUUUUCCAUUUCUGUGAAAAAUGUCAUUGGAAUUUUGAAGGGGAUUGCAUUGAAUCUGUAGAUGGCUUUGUGUAGUAGACAUUUUAACAAUAUUAAUUCUCAUGAUCCAUGAACAUGGGCUAUCUAUUUGUGUCUUCUUCAAUUUCUUUCAUCAAUGUCUUAUAAUUUUCAAUGUACAGAUCUUUCACCUCCUUGGUUAAAUUUAUUCCUAAGCAUUUUAUU